UUCUGCACUGGUAAAGGGCUAUUCGAUCAAUCAAUUGCAGGAAUCGAUCAGGCAUCUGUUCUCAAGCAUGGACAACAAGGACAACCUUUGCGGUGAACAUGAGAACCAGCAUCUUUCUCUAUUUUGCUACCCAUGCGAAAUGAAUAUUUGCGUUAAAUGUUGGUUCUCAGAGGAACAUGCUGAGCACAAGGAACGGGCCGUACCUCUAGAGGAAGCUUUCGAACACUACAUGCAAAAUAUGACGGCGACUCUAACCUGGAUCAACGGACGAAAGGAAGUGGUCGAUCAUGUACUGAAACAGGUGCAGGAAAAUCUAAGUCGUCUGAGCCAAGAGAAAGAAUUAAUCGAAAAACUACGUGGAGAAUCGGAGGAGCUGAUUACGGGCAAGGCAAAUCCUGCAUGUGUAAUGCAAAUCAUUACAACCGAACGAGCAAUGGCGGAGCUGCGUUUGAACCAUCAGGAUGAAACAGAAUCAGUUCGACUAGAUCGUCGCCGAGAAUUCAUGUCGGAAGCAACCGUACUGGAUUUCCGUAUGACAGAGUUCGAUAGCACUAUAAAGAACCAUGGAUCAUGCAAGACAAACCUUCAAGCUCCGUACGGCUUCGAAUGGAAAUGCGAGAUCACAAACGAAGAUGACGGCAUGUACUUCUACCUUAGUUUAAUGGCAGGAAAACCCAGUGAUUACUCCGUACUGUUCGAUGGCAAACCGGAGAAGGUUUGCCGAUUUGAGUUGGACAGUGCCGUGAAGAUUGGGGUGUACAAGCCAGUCAUGGCAAACGUGGUCAACGAUUCGCAAAAAUUGACCGUACAAAUUCGUCAAUCCUACGGUGACAGGUUUCAACAGUUGCAUGACUAUAUUACUCGGCUGGAGAAGGAAAAUGCUGAGCACCUGGCAUUCAAAACGUACCUCGCCGAUUGGGACAAGAGACUUGGGCCUUCAUCUGGUUGAAGAUAACUGUUGAAUUCGUAUCCAACUUGUAGUAGAUAGUUUCCAAAAUAUCUUGGUAUUUUAACAAAAAAGCCAAUGACAAGAGCUAUA